GCGAUGACGAGUUUUUUUUAUAAGAAAUUGGUAUAUGCACGUGCAAGUUGGUUGUUUUACAAAUCAAGAAUAGGAAGAUUGUUAAAAUGGUAACAAAAAUACCCAAAAAGGGUAAAAAUCCUGGAUCAGUGGACAGUUGGUUGGAUACAUUAGGAUUUUAUAGGAAGAAUGUGGCGUAUGAUGAAACAUGUUUGUUUAGGGCAGUCAGUGAACAGUUGUUCGAUUGUCAAGUUUACCAUGAAAGAGUCAGAAAAGAAUGCCUUGAAUACGCAAGAAAAAACUUUGAUGAGUUUAAAUUUUUGGACUUAAAUGGAAAUUAUUGGGCUGAACAUUUAAAUAAGUUGGAAAAACACAUGGUUGUUUGUGGAAAUUUGGAAUUGAACAUAAUAUCCAAAAAGUAUCAAAGAGACGUUCAUAUCUUUGAUGCUUCAAAUCAAGUUAUUAAAACUUUGACAAAUUAUGGCUUUGAAAAUCCACUAUCCUUAUGCUUGAUGGAUGAGGACCAUUAUGAUGUUAUUUAUAAGAAAGAACAUAUUGCAACUGCAGGGUACUGUCAAUCAAUAGUCUACAAACUGUUAUAUGAAGAUGUAUUUCAUAUACCAAAUGUAGAUGAAAUAGUAAAUAGCAUGCUAUAUGACAAAUCAAAUAUUAUUUUGCCAAUGGCAAUGGAUCCAAAUGAGAGUAAUGAAGGGAAAAAAGAAAACAAUACAUCAAAUGAACCUUGUGAAUUUGAUCAAAAUCCUACAAAUAUAGCUCCCUUCCCAUUUAAGGUUGCCAAAGCUUUAGAUCCAACUAUUUAUAGAAAUAUUGAGUAUGAUUCAUGGGGAGAAGUCAGAAGAGAAUUCCGCUUGGGAGAUUGGUAUUAUGGGGAUGAUAAACUGAUAUUAGGAACAAGAUGCAUUCUAAAUGAUACCAUUCAAAACGAGCAAUAUGAAUGCUACAUUCAAGAAAUAAUCAAAGAUCAAAAUAAAUGUGUUGUUUAUUUAAUAAAGCUUGCUGAAAAGAGGACUGUUGAUUAUACAAAUCUUUCACCUGAGAAUGAUGCUAAACCAUGGCCAUUACCAUACAGGUUCUCUAAAAACCUUGUAAUAGGCCCUACACCACUUUCAGUGCCUGAGAAAAAUUCCAAAAAUCUUAAAAAACGCAAUAAGGACAAACGACGCAGUAAAUCUUGUAGUGAGAGUAGCGCCUUAUCCAACAACUUAAACAAUCCUGAUACAAAUGAUAAUGUUAAUCCCUUUGUGGGAAUACCAUUGCAAAUGCAAAAUCACAAUGAUACGACAGCUUUCCGCUCUUCAAACGAAAAUGAAAACAGCUCUGAAUCUCCAGAAGUUUCGCUAUCGCCAGAAUCCGAGCCACCGCCGGAUGUAGCGCCUCAAAAUAUAAGAUUUCCGCAAUGGGAGGCCACUCAACAAUGGCAUCCAUAUUUAACUCCCACUCCGGAUCCAUUUAUGUGGCAACCAACUCCUACCACCCCUCAAAAUGUGUUUAACUUUGCCAUGAAACCCAUGAUGACCUCUACACCAUGUACACCUGAUGUUAUGUCAUAUUAUGAUCCCAAUUAUGUUUACUAUUAUAAUUACCACAACUAUGACCCAUGUAAUUAUCAAGUAUGGUCUGAAUACAACACGCAACAAUCAACAGAGGCUCUGGAAAGACAUGAAGAACCAAGAAAGGACUCAAAUACUGACAUCAACCACAAUGAAAAACCGAUGGAACAUUCCACUCCUGAACAUCAUCCUCAAGAACAUCAUGCACCCCCAGAGCGACCCCCUCCAUUAAACAUGUCGCUAGCCGCACCCCCUCAAAUGAUGGAAAUGUACUCUCCUAUGAUUCCUAUCCCGCCAGGUACACCGAUUCUUUAUGCACCAGCCCCAGAAAUGCCUGAAAUGAUGAUCCCCACUACACCAUAUACUGUUUUUACUCCCCCAGUGGAUGUUCAGUAUGUAUCCCCAGGACCUUUUGUUUACCCUCCUACUCCACCGGCUGCGUGGUAUCCAAGUCACCCAAUUAAUUCACAGGGCUUUAUUUUCCCUACUGUCCCACCACCUAUGCAGCCCCAGCAAACUGCAGGGCAAAAGUAGUCUUUUAAAGGAAUUAACUAUAAAGUUUUUAUCAACUUUAUUAAAUCAAUGUAAUAUUUGUGGAUGCAUUACCAGUUUGAUCUAAUCUUGCUUUGAAAAUAUGAUGUCUACUUACAAUACUACAUAAUUUAUUGUGAUAAUUAAAAUGAGACUGACAAUUAUUUCUUUAUGUACAACCAAUAUUAAGUAUUUUAGAAAUUAUGUUGAUUUUAUGGUAAGUGAUCUCAUUUUGCUAGUGUUAAAAACUUUAUAUAAAUUCAGUUUAUAUUCUCAUCAUGUUGUUAGGUUUAUUUAUACAUUUCUUAGCAUUUAUAUUUUUG